AGUUUUGGGUGGUAUCAUGACUUCAUGAUAAAGUUUAGUGACAAAGUGUAAUUUACUCUUUUUAGUUUCUUCCCUUCUUCCCGUUUCAAUUUGGAAAUUCCUGCAAAUACUCAAUUCCAGCUUCUCAGUUGAAUCAUGGAGUCGUCAUCCUACGAGCUGAAUGCCGUAUCAUCGUGGGAAUAUCUGAGUCUAUUCCUCUUUCGUCCCCUUCUUGCUAUCAUCUUCGUCCUCUCCUUACUCCUCUUAGGUUGGUUCUUGGCCUGGAAAUUAGUUCUGGUUCAUGUACCUUUGGUCCAAGAAAUAUUUGGUUUGCGGAAGAAACCUAUUAACCGGAAACCCGAAAAUCGGCGGCGGUUGACUCAAUUCUACAACAACCUGGACUCACAAUCUUCUGUUUCCCACUGACUGUAUAGGUAAGCUUAUGAUGCCCGGGAUUAGGAGCUGAAGUUUCUUGUGCUUUGGGAAGUUGUCAGGUGUUGAUCUCCGUGAUCAGCACAUUUAUCUUCAGCUGAUCUUGAUUCAAGCUUAAACACUUGUUCAUCAUUUUUCCACACAUGGUGUUCUUUCAUUAGUAUAUGACGUUUUGGGUAGUUGUUGCAAGGCUAAGUAUUUGCACUUAAUGCAGAUAAUGAGCCAGGGGGUUGAUGAAGUUAUGGAGUGUUUGGCGAUGGUUUGUAACUAGUUUGAACUGUUAAUAUGCAUUUGGAGAGAGAAGUGCCACUUCAUUUUUUUCCCUUGUAAAUAACUUUAUUUGAGAAAAUUGAAGUUUCUAAGAUUGAAACAAAUAAGCUUUUGGAUGAGGUCAACAUAGACCGUCACUGUGCGCUGUGGUGCAUAAUCCCCCUUCCUCAGUUUAUUGCCAAAUAAGCAUCUUUCAAGAUUACAUUCGUCUUAGCUCUUUUUGUUUAAAUCAUGAUUUGAGAUCAACUGAAUGUGA